CAAUAAACCGAUACCUGCUUGCAAGUGCAACACUUCUCACUCUUACAUUCACUCUCACUCCACGCUGUGAUACCGUGCCCCCAAUUCCACACUUGCCACCCCCUGAGUCAAAACAACACCAUGGAAGGCAUCAUCGAAGGAUCCACAACCACAGGCACAACCGGCAGUGGUGGUCGCGUCAAGGACCCCGUGCAUGAAGCGAACUUGGAGCGAACAAUUCGCGAACUCAAGCGAAUGACGGCAGAAGCCGAGGCGACUUUGAACGAGCUAAAAACAAGCAUCACCCAAAAUGGAGCACCACCACCCCCCCUCAGCCCCCUAUCCUCCAUGCACCUCCUAACCCGCGCCUACACUUCCCUCUCCGAGUCCGACCCUACGCCCCUCCUCCCCUUCCCAGACUCCGUCCUCCCGGCCUUACUCGCUCUCCGCAAAACCAGCCAAACCAUCACCCAAACCACCGCCCACCUCUCCUCUUCCUCCUCCCUUCUCGACCAGCAAAAGCGGCAUCUCGAAGACUUGAAAACCGAAGUCCGCGAGCAGAAUGAGCUCCAGCAGGCCUUACAGGCGCGUGUAGAGGCGCUGAGAAAGGGAAUGGAAGCGAGGAAGGAGAUGACGCCCGAAGAGCUAGCGAAAGAGGAACUGGAAAAGAUGCAAGGGGAAAGGAAACAGUACGACGAGGAGACGAAGAAGCUCGUCAGAGAGCUGAACUGGUUCAUUGAGGAGUACCUUGGCCCGUUGCUGGCGGCGGAGGAGAUGGGCGGGCCGGUGGUGGGGGACAUGAUGGAUUUGGAAGUGGAAGAUCUGGAGGCGGGGUUUAAUGCGAAGGGGAAGUUGAAGAAGGCUAGGGCGAAGAAGACGGAUGAAGAAGAGGGGGACGGAGGAAGGCAGAGGAGGAUCGAUGACAUUUGGGGAAGUGUGGACAACCAGCAAGACGGGAGGCAAGGGAAAAGAAAGAGGGAGGAGAGGGAUGAAGCGAGCGCGGCGGGUGCGGAGAUGAGGAGUUUGAUUGAGAAGUUGCUGAAUAAGAGCAUGGAUGCCGGAGGGGAUAGCUCGGCGGCAUAUGUGAGGAUUGAGAGGGAGACGGCGGCGGCGAGGUUUUUGGUCAGGAGUAAGUUGGCUGUUUUUCACCCGAGGGAUGCUACGAGGUUGAGGUUGGUGGACUUUGGGAGGGAGUUGGAUGAUUAGGGUAUUCACCCCGGUCAGUGGGAAAAAACACGGUCACGCUCGCUCAUGGAGGAUGUCUUGAUGUCUUGAAAGCCGCUGAGAUCAGGAGCAGGCAGUCCAACAUCCUCAAAAGCGGUGUUGGAGGGCCAAUAUAGCAUCACCUUCAUCCCCUUCCCUCUCCAGCCAUUCU